AUGCUCCAAAGAGCCGAAGAAACAGGCUACAUUAACAUAAACUGCGUAGAUCCCUUAGGGAGAAGUGCCCUUCUUAUGGCGAUAGAUAACGAAAAUCUGGAAAUGGUGGAACUUCUUAUCGAACACAAAGUCGAAACUAAAGACGCCUUACUUCACGCGAUAUCCGAAGAAUUUGUCGAAGCUAGCUGGGAGGCUCUGCCGCCGGACACGGCCACCUUCACCCCGGACAUAACGCCGCUGAUCCUGUCGGCGCAUCGGGACAAUUACGAGAUAAUCAAGAUACUGCUGGAUAGGGGCGCCACCUUGCCCAUGCCUCACGACGUCAGAUGCGGGUGCGACGAAUGCGUAACAUCCCGGUUUGAAGACUCCCUCAGGCAUUCCAGGAGCAGGAUAAACGCCUACAGAGCCCUGGCGUCUCCCUCUUUGAUAGCGUUAUCCUCGAAGGAUCCAAUCCUUACCGCUUUUGAAUUAUCCUGGGAGCUGCGAAGGCUAAGUUUUAUGGAACACGAAUUCAAGAGCGAGUAUCAGGAACUGAGAAAGCAGUGUCAGGACUUCGCCACUGCCCUCCUAGAUCACACCAGGAGCUCCUACGAAUUGGAGGUCCUUUUGAAUCACGACCCUACAGGACCUGCCUUCGAACACGGGGACAGGAUGCACCUAAAUCGUCUUAAACUGGCCAUUAAGCUUCGACAGAAAAAGACGCUUUUCUGGGCAGUGUUCGGCCUCAUCGAUCUGGAAAGCUUUGAAUUGCACGAAAUAAAAAUAUUCACCCGUUUUUGGGGAAUGUUGAUGUUCGGGACGUAUUCAGUAAUCAACAUAGUGGUACUACUGAACCUCCUGAUCGCUAUGAUGAACCACUCCUACCAACUAAUAUCGGAAAGAGCAGACACAGAAUGGAAAUUUGCGAGAUCAAAAUUAUGGAUAAGUUAUUUCGAAGAAGGGGGGACAGUUCCGCCCCCUUUUAACGUCAUCCCCACCCCGAAAACCCUGUGGUACAUUCUGCAAUGGUUCCGAAGAAAAUUCUGCGGCCAAUCCAGGGCCGCAAAAAAAGAACACAUGAGGACGAUAAGGUAUUAUUUUCAGAAAAAAGUGAAGCAGGCCAGCGAAAGGGACUUCAGAUAUCAGAGCAUAAUGCGUAACCUCGUUAGACGCUACGUAACCGUGGAGCAGCGCAAAGCCGAGAACCAGGGCGUAACCGAAGACGACGUCAACGAGAUCAAGCAGGACAUCUCUGCGUUCCGUUUCGAAUUAAUCGAGAUACUGAAGAACAGCGGCAUGAACGUCCUCACUGCCCACAGCGGACUGGGUACUGGAGGCAAGAAGAAUCGCCAGAAAGAACGUCGCCUGAUGAAAGGCUUCAACAUCGGUCCUCAACCGUCGCAAAGUACGGGAUCUCUGCCGCCUGUCGCCGAGUUUAUAGCGUCCCUUCAGCAUCAAGAAGGCAACCACCAUGACUUCUUCGGUUCGACGUUAUCAGGGAUAUUCAACUCUACCCCUAGAAGGUUGCAUCAGCACAGCAGUACGGUGUCUUCCUCUCAAGGAAGCAUCAACGAGAGCGGGAACCACCACCACCACAGUCAUCAUCAUCAUCAUCACAAAGGAUUGUCAAAGUUCCACAUAAAACGCACGCACAGCCACAAACGCCGCUGGGGCACGCUUAUAGAAGCCGCCAAGACGGGCAAAGUUUCCCGGUUGAUCGGCCGGUCUCGAUCCGAAGACUCCGUGUGCAACAACUGCCAGCGCGAGAACGGGCGCCACGCGCACGCGCACUCGCCGCAGUCGGACGAGUGCUCGGCCAGCCGGUCGGACUCGAACCCGAGCCUGGACACGCCUGAGCCGGCGCCGGCUCCCGAGCCGGAGCUCCACGGUUUGGCGCAAGGCCUGGCGCUGCUGAAGAGGAAGAGGAAAAAGUUUUCGGCCUCGAGGAACGCCAGUCCUGGCUUGCCCGGCGCGCAGCAGCCCGAAGGGGGGAGUGCCAAAAGCAAGGCAGUCAACAAGAAGCUCCCCCAGGUUCUGAAGAGAGCCUCGAGCGUGCCCACCAGGGUCCCGGAAGUGGCCCCCGUACCGUCCCACCACGAGCGGCCGUCGAAGAAGCCGCCCGACGCGUCGGCAACUCGCGCGACGCCGGGCAACCGCCGCACGCUGACGCCGUCUACGACCGAGGAGAGCGUCGUGGCCGUCGAGAUCAACCACCUUCCUUCGGGGUCGUCGUCCAAGGAGCCGCUGCUCUACAACUCUUCGUCGUCGACGAACCAGAACGGCUCGCAAACGCCCGAAGACGAGAAGGAGGUGCCCGGUUCCGCUGGCACUUCCUACGAACUUCCGAAGUUGCCCGGCAUUAUUCCGCUUACCGGCCACAACGGGCCCUCUGGAUGGCUCUAAG